AUGUCCCCAGUUGUAUAGACAGUCUUUUGUAUUGGUGCCUCAGCAAGUUUACCUUUUAGAGGAACAUGUCAGCCAUCGUUACAGUUUGAUCCACAAACAGUGUUCACAUUUAUAAUGCAUCAUUCUUCCUCUGAUAUUUGGACCUCAAAGUAUGCAUCUAUCUUACACUAGCUUUAUACACUGGACAGCCAACAUCCUGCCUUACAAAACUGAUCAAUGGGGCUUCAAUCAUUUGUAUAUCCAUGCUAGUUUGUGGGCAGAGUGUGUGUAAUUUCUAUCCCUUUGUUGAUGUGCAGAUUUAUAUGUCUCCUCCGACCGCACCAUCAGUGGAUGACAACUUGAAUGGCAGCCAUCAGUCUGUGGUUCCUGUUGAACCAUUGUCCCCCAGUGUAAAUAAGAUUUACAUGUCUCCUCCGACCGCACCAUCAGUGGAUGACAACUUGAAUGGCAGCCAUCAGUCUGUGGUUCCUGUUGAACCAUUGUCCCCCAGUGUAAAUAAGAUUUAUAUGUCUCCUCCGACCGCACCAUCAGUGGAUGACAACUUGAAUGGCAGCCAUCAGUCUGUGGUUCCUGUUGAACCAUUGUCCCCCAGUGUAAAUAAGAUUUACAUGUCUCCUCCGACCACACCAUCAGUGGAUGACAACUUAAAUGGCAGCUAUCAGUCUGUGGUUCCUGUUGAACCAUUGUCCCCCAGUGUAAAUAAGUCAUUUCAGUCCAGGAUUGCUAAAUUGAAGCAGCACCAUGAGAAAUGCUAUCAACGCUACAUGGCCUCAGAGGAAGAACGCAAUGCAAUUCAAAGACAGCGUACCCUCCUUUUGCAUCAACGUGAGCUUCUUGAUCAACAGCUUGCACAGCUGGAUAAUAGCAAAGAAGAUACCUCAGAUAAAUCAACAGAUGAGAGCAGUCACACUGACUACAGUGAUGCUGAUUACAUACCUGACACUGAGGGAAAUGACUCUGGUGACAGCAUAUGUUUGUCCACUAAAAAAAACGCACUGAAGAGGUUACACUACAAGGUUACAGUGACAAGGAACAACCCAGAUGAGGAAAGCAGCGCAACAAUCAGCCCAGACAAAGACAGUAGCACAGAAAAAGACCAUGCAGUAAAGAAGAAGAGGAGACUACCAUUCAGCCUAGGAAAAAGGAAGAAAUGCACAGUCAGCCCACGGAAAAAGAGGAGCACACCACUCCGCCUAGAGAAAGAAAGUGGUUUAACAGUCAGCCCAGAGAAAGACAGUAGCUCCACAGUCAGCCCAGACAAAGCCAGUAGCUCGACAGUCAGCUCAGAGACAGAAAAAAGUUCAAUUGAAGUACUGCAUACCACAAAUACUCAAUCACGUCGAGUGUAUGACAAGAGGAACUAUUGCCUUUAUUGUUCCAAGCCAACAUCAAAGAUUGCACGACACCUUCAAACUGUUCAUAGAAACAAGCCAGAUGUUGCAAAAGCAUUCUAUUACCCAAAAGAUUCCAAAGAACGGCGAGUUCAGCUGGCCAUUCUAAGGAACAGAGGAAACUUUUCCCACAAUACAGAUGUGGUUAGAAAAGGAGCUGGACAUCUUGUUGCGCGUUACCGAACUCAGGAGAUCAGACAUGGUCAAAAUUUCAUUCACUGUGCACAUUGUCAAGGUCUCUACUCAAAAAAAACAUUGUGGAAACAUAUCAAAGUCUGCCCAGAGAAGACGAGAGAGGAUGCACCCCAAUUUGGAAGAAAAAGAGUUCGAUCCCUGUGUGCUCUUACCACACCUGUUGGUCUUGAGGUUAGUGAGGGCCUACAGAAGAUUCUCACCCACAUGAACUAUGAUGAAGUGUCACAUGUUGUUCAGAAUGACAAAUGCAUCCUGCAACUGGGACAAUAUAUGUUCAACAAACUGAAGAACAAAGGGAACAGUAAUGAUGACUACAUAAGACAGAAGAUGAGAGAAGUUGGAAGAAUGGUCCUUGAAGCUCAAAAGGUUACACCACUGAAAAAAGUGGAGGAGUUCUUCAUUCCUAAAAACUUCCCACAUGUUAUAUCUGCAGUGAAGAAGGCAGCAGGAUACGAUCCCAAAACCAACACAUAUCAAACACCGUCUUUAGCCCUCAAGCUUGGCCACAGUCUAAAGAAAAUAUCCAGUAUUGUUGAGAGUGAUGCUAUGAUGUCUGGUGAUCAUGUCACAGCAGAGUAUGCCAAAAGGUAUCGGGCUAUACAUGAUAGCAGAUGGGAAGAGUUCAUCUCCUCUGGAGCACUAAACACUCUUAAGGAGGCUAAGUGGAAUAUGCCACAAGUGUUGCCAUUUACCCAAGAUGUGAAGCUCUUGAACUUUUACAUGGAGAACAAGCAAAGUAUUUCAGAGAGACUGCUAAGAAUCUCCCCCACUCCAGAAAGCUAUGCUACCCUGGCUAAAUUAACACUUGCUUUAACCAUUACAUUCAACAGGAGGAGAGCAGGAGAGGUGUCACGGAUGUUACUGACUGCUUUUAGGUCCCGGAACAAGUCGGUGUUGCAUGAUGACGUGGCUAUCUGCUUGACUCCAUUUGAGAGGAAGAUGUGCGAGUUCUUCACAAGAGUGGAGAUCCGAGGGAAACGCGGGAGAAUGGUCCCAGUCCUGUUAAAGCCAUCAAUGGUGACUGCUAUGGAGCUGCUGGCUGAAAUGCGUGAAAGCUGUGGAGUACCCAGUGAAAAUGUAUUCAUGUUUGCAAGACCAGAAGCCUUGUCAGCCUACAGAGGGGGAGAGUGUCUUCAGAAAUAUGGCAAACGCUGUGGUGCCAAACACCCUGAAGCACUGACCUCAACAAAGCUUCGCAAACAUAUUGCAACGAUGUCACAGGUCUUGAACCUUGAGGAAAAUGAGUCUGAUCAACUUGCUGACUUCUUAGGCCAUGAUAUCCGCAUCCACAGACAAUACUAUCGGCUGCCCCAAGGAACUCUGCAGCUUGCUAGAAUGAGCAAAGUGCUACUGGCUAUGGAGAGGGGGAAUGUGUCGCAGUACAAAGGGAUGACACUGGAUGAUAUCGAAAUUGACCCUGAAGAGAAAAUGCCACACUCCAAUGAAGGAGAGGAUGCUUCAAGUGACAGUGCAAACGAGGAAGAUGAAUGUACCAGCACUGCCAUGGACCAAAUACCUCCUAGCAUGGACAUGCCUGCAUCUUCAGAACCACCACCUGCUGCUACUCUUCCUAUACAAGGACCAGCAGCAGCAAAACAAAGGCGGAAAUGGGAGGCAGGAGAAGUUCAUGCAGUUGAAAAACACAUGAUGAAGUUCAUCAAGACGUUCACUCUUCCUGCCAAACGUGACUGCAUGCUUUGCCUGCAAUUGGAAACACUGGCACUAAAGGGGCGCUCAUGGACAGAUGUCAAAAACUAUGUCCGAAACAGAAUCACUGCCCAGAAGAGACAGACGAGCACUUAGUUCAGUUGUUAGAGAAUCUGCCCCAUGUACAAAGGCUCAGCAGCGGCCCAGGGUUCGAACUGUCUGAAACCUGGACGUAGUCUCUGUGACGUCCCCACAGACGGUCUAAAACCUGAAUGUAGUCUCACUGACGUCCCACAGACUGUCUAGAGUCACAGAGACUACGUUCAGGUUUCAGACAGUCUGUGGGGACGUCAGUGAGACUACGUUCAGGUUUUAGACCGUCUGUGGGGACGUCAGUGAGACUACGUUCAGGUUUUAGACCGUCUGUGGGGACGUCAGUGAGACUACGUCCAGGUUUCAGACAGUCUGUGGGGACGUCAGUGAGACUACGUCCAGGUUUUAGACAGUCUGUGGGGACGUCACAGAGACUAAGUCCAGGUUUCAGACAGUCUGUGGGGACGUCAGUGAGACUACGUCCAGGUUUUAGACAGUCUGUGGGGACGUCAGUGAGACUACGUCCAGGUUUCAGACAGUCUGUGGGGAUGUCAGUGAGACUACGUCCAGGUUUUAGACAGUCUGUGGGGACGUCAGUGAGACUACGUCCAGGUUUUAGACAGUCUGUGGGGACGUCACAGAGACUAAGUCCAGGUUUCAGACAGUCUGUGGGGACGUCAGUGAGACUACGUCCAGGUUUUAGACAGUCUGUGGGGACGUCAGUGAGACUACGUCCAGGUUUUAGACAGUCUGUGGGGACGUCAGUGAGACUACGUCCAGGUUUUAGACAGUCUGUGGGUACGUUCAUCUCAGGUAUUCUGCAAUAAAUGUAAUUUUUUUUUGAAA